UUGAGGAGCAACAAGUCCUUGUUUGUAUCCGGAUAGGAUAUAACAGAUCUCACAUCUCGUCGUCCCGUCCUCGACUGCUGUUAAGGUUCGAGAUAAGACCAGCCUUGAGACAGGACACGCCCACGAUAGUGUAAAGUUGAUGAUCGAUUAUACCACCCCAUGAUCAAACACAGUCACCCCGAUUGCCCAAUGCACCACGAUGUGUUCUGUCGUCCGGAAUGAGUUUCGUCUGUGUAAUUUCGGAUUGAAUUUUCAUCACCCUGAAUACUUUGGGAUCUCUCAGUGGAGAUGGCCCCGUCCAAUAUAUCUGAUUUACCGUCUAGUGAUGGCGGGAUAUACACUGUUUGCCCUCAUCUACACGCUGGCAGAAGUCGACGGAGCAUCAACAGAACCCGUGUCCAAACAAAUGGUGUACUUUACCAACUGGUCAUACCUGGUUCUUACAUUACAUUUCUUCAUUGCUUUCGUUGUUGCUGUUGUAUGUCAUAUACAUACCAGGACGACUACCAAAACACACCCAACGUCAGAAAACGCCCCCUCCGCAAACGUCGGUGAAACUACGACUAACAGCGACCACGACAAGGGGAAGGAAAGUCAUGAAGACAGUGCCAUUAAAACUGACAAUGAGAUAGGCACUGGCGGAUCAAAAUCAGAAUCCAAAUCUCCAGACUUCAGUGAGGCUCAACCCGUAAAUACAACACCCUGGUAUUCCAAGAUAUCCUGGAUCCUUGCCAACAUCACCUCCGAUACCUGCAUCAUAGUGACGUCGAUCUUCUUCGGUGCGUUAUACGAUCCUUCAUCAGGAAUGACACUGUCAAAUCUGAACGUCCAUGGCCUCAACACAGUCUUCGUCAUCGUGGACACCUUCAUCACGGCGCGACCUGUCCGAAUUCUACAUUUUAUCCAUGCGUUGACAUACGCUGCGGUGUAUAUGAUCUUCAGCCUCAUCUACUGGGCUACAGACAAGGCCAUCAUUUACAAAUAUAUACUGGACUGGUCCACGCCCGGGUCCACCGUUGGUAUACUGUUGGGCAUAUCUGUGCUUGUGUUUAUACUGCAAGUUGUAUACUUUGGUCUUUAUCAACUUAGGCUGUACAUCUACAGGAAAGUAUACGGUAAAGAGAGUUAAUAGGCAAACUAUAAUACUGACACCUCGAGGUUAAAGAGGUCCGUGCUUCCAAAGUGUCUGAAUUGACCUGCGAACAAAGAUUCUUAUCAGUACUUCUCAUACAAUAUAUCACAUCCUCUUUUAUUCUUGUGGUCAGGAGUGACAAGGGUUUUACACAGAUGUCAUACGUUUACAAUCUUGGCGAUACCCGAGGAGAUCUGGGUUAGCAUUGGUCUUCAGCAACCCAUGCUUGUCGUAAGAGGUGACUAACGGGUGGUCAGACUGGCUCACCUGGUUGACAAAUGUUAGCGUAUAUUAAUUGGGUAGAUGCUGUUGAUCAUUGGAUUGCCAUUUGAGUACCUGGUCAAGGAUCAUUUACAAACCGCCUUCAUAUACUUUGAAAAACUGAUGAAAUCAGAGUAAAUCAACAAGCAAUCCAAAAACAAAACAAAUUAACUCAACGUAUGACCUGUUUAUGUUAGUCAUAGUGUCAACAAUAUACUUAGCAAAUACUUAGCAGCGUUGUGCAUUAAUAAACAGUAAGUUUCUCAGCUUUUCAUCGGACACCGAUAAAGCACUGUGCGAAGAUUUUUUGUACUUGCCAUCUUUAGAGAAAGUGAACAAAAUAAUUCCAGAUAUAUGUGAAAUGGGUUUAUGUACUUAUAUAUAACGUUAUACAUUGUAUGUGCAAAUUUACUUGCAAUAAAUCACGAAAAUGGAUUUCCUCUAUGACGUCAAACGACGACCGAGAGGUCACAGCCGUAUAAAGAUAAGGGGGCAGUACUACGCAGUGCUUAACGUCAGGUCAAAUUUGCUGCGGGCACUGUAUUGUCGUGAUGUUUUGUUCACGAUGAA